GGAAGAAGAAGAAGUUGUAGUUUAAAGAUGGCGCUACCGGGUGUUUUACUCGUGCGUCUGAGAGCGCUUUGCAAUGUGGGCAAAUGUCUUCACAGCGAACGCAAAACAGCGCUCAAAUGGAGCAGGGAGACGCGGUGGCACGGGACCAAGCCUCGGAGCUUCCAGGAAAACGCGUCAUUUAUUUCUCAGAGUCAACAAGGCAACAACAACCCAGACCUACUGAAGGAGUUCCCAGAUCCUAAAAGCCUCUUGAACAGUACCCUCUCUCGAUCUUUGGGAGUCAACGACCUGUCCCAGCUCAUCCAGUACACCUGCACAGAAGAUGUGGAUGUCAAGAGAGCCACUGUCACUGUGCUGUGGCCCUGCAAGAUUGAAGAAGAGGGUUACGCUUCCAGGAAGACUGACGCAGAACGAUACGCUGCAGCUGCUGCUUGUCUCAAGCUCAGAGAAAUGGGUGUGAUCGGCCCAAACAACGAGCUGCCCAGGAGGAGAUCAGGUUGGGAGAGAGGAGCGCUCCAUUCCUCCUUUCACGAUAAGGAGGGUGGCAUCUUGCCACAUGACAUCAAAGAUGAAGCCUCUGAAGCUUUGGGCCUUUUCCGACAACCUAAAUCUCUGCUGUACCGGGUCAUCCAGGUGGCCACCUCUUCCAACAGACUCAAGGAGGUGGUACACUUCAAAAAAUCAGGAGGGAAGCUGAAGAAGUGUGAGCUGACUCUGCUCUGGCCUGAGAAGAUGACGUUCACAGCCACAGCGAAGAGCCAUGUGAUGGCGGAGAGGAGGGCUGCAGCACUUGCCUGCAUGAAGCUGAAGGAGAUGGAGCUGCUGGAUAAGGACAACAACCCGCUGUCUCACGCCAUGUACCACAAAGAAAAGGUCCGGGAGGCCGGAGAGAGGGAGAAGCGUCCACUCCCGCUGGAAAUCCCAGAAAACCUCAAGCAGAGUGUGAGAGAGUACCUCGCACAGUACCCAGUUGCACACGAAGUACAGAAACUGUGGGAGGAGGAAGAGGCGAGAGGACAGGAGACGGCGGACCAGUGGGACGAGGAGGACGAGGAGGACAUGGUGAAAGACGCCAUCACUGGCAGGCUGUACAGGCCUCUGUCUGAGCGGAAGGCCGAGGAGCUCAGCGCCUACCUGCGGGAGGAAUGGGAAAGGGCGAACCCCGUACUGAGCCUGGAGCUCCCGGUCGAUUCGCACCGCGAGCGCGUGGUCUCGGUCAUAAAUUCCUCCAGGGUUGUCGUGAUCGCCGGUGAAACGGGAUGCGGCAAAACAACGCGGAUCCCUCGCUUCCUGCUGGAGGAGCACGUGAGAGGAGGGAAAGGCGCAGAGUGCAACAUCCUGGUGACGCAGCCCCGUCGGAUCAGCGCGGUGUCAGUGGCCCAUCGUGUUGCUCAGGAGAUGGGUCCGGCCCUUAAACACUCAGUGGGACAUCAGGUGAGACUGGAGAGCCGGCCUCCAGAGCACAGCGGAGGAGCCAUGCUCUUCCUCACGGUGGGCGUCCUGCUGAAGAAGCUGCAGUCGAACCCGAGCCUGAAGGGGAUCAGUCACGUGGUGGUGGACGAGGUCCACGAGAGGGACAUAAACACGGACCUGCUGCUGGCCUUACUGCGCUCAAGCUUGAAAGAGAACCCCGACCUACGCGUAGUGCUCAUGAGCGCUACUGGGGACAACCAGAGGCUCUCUCAGUACUUUGGAGGCUGUCCUAUCGUAAAGGUGCCCGGAUUCAUGCACCCAGUGCGGGACUAUUACCUGGAGGACGUGCUCAGAACGAUGCGACGCUCCCCUUCAGUCCAAGCAACAAGGGAGACAAACAAGCAGGCAGGAAGAGAUGAUAUUUCCCCUGAUCUAGAUUUGGUAGCGGAUGUUAUAGAGCACAUUGACAAGCACGGAGAGCCAGGUGGAGUGUUGUGUUUCCUCCCCGGGUGGCAAGACAUCAAGACAGUCCUAGAGAAACUCGAUGCAAAACCGCACUUUUCCUCCGGCGCACAGAUGAUCGUCCCAUUGCACUCUAGUUUAUCAGUGGCAGACCAGCAGGUGGUGUUCCAGCACCCCCAAGUGGGCCAGAGGAAGAUCGUACUCACCACCAACAUAGCCGAGACCUCCGUCACAAUCAACGACAUCGUUCAUGUGGUGGAUGCAGGAACUCACAAAGAGCACACUUAUGACCCGCGGACGAAGGUCUCCUGCCUGGACACGGUUUGGAUUUCUCGUUCCAAUGUCACACAAAGAAAAGGGAGAGCAGGUCGUUGUCAGCCAGGAAAAUCCUAUCACCUGUUCCCGAGGCAACAGCUGGAAUCCAUGGCUCCCUUCCCCAUCCCCGAGAUCCUCCGCACCCCUCUCGAGAGUUUGGUGGUGCAGGCUAAAAUCCACAGUCCUAACUGCAAGGCUGUAGAUUUCCUAUCCCAAGUGCUGGACAGUCCGGACAUAGAAGCUGUGAGAGACGCUGUCCAGAAUCUGCAAGAAAUAGGAGUUCUGGACAAGACAGAAGCCCUGACUCCUUUAGGAGAACGUGUUGCCCUUAUGUCAUGUGACCCUCGCCUCGGCAAAGUGCUGGUCCUGAGCACCAUGUUUAGAUGCGCUCUACCCUUGUUGUCCGUAGCCGCCUGUCUCACUCGAGACCCUUUCCACAACAGCCUGCAGAACAGGCAACUUGUCAAGAAGGCCAAGGAGAUGCUGAGCGGCUCUAGCUACAGUGACUAUUUGGUGUACAGUCGAGCUAUUUUAGGCUGGAGGACAGUUCAGCGGGAGGGUGACCGAGAGGACAGAGAUAACUUUGUGGACGAGAACACUCUGUCCAGACCCGGCCUUCGCUUCAUCAAAGGUCUCAUCUCUCAGUUCAGUGAGAAUCUGCAUGAGGCAGGGCUGGUUUCUCACGCCAAUGAGUGUCAGAAGCUUAAUUCUCUCUACAAUGAGCACAGCGGCCAGGAUGAGCUGCUUAAAGCUGUGCUGCUGUCUGGACUGUAUCCCAACCUCAUACAGGUGAAGAAAGGUGUUGUUACCAAAGGACGCUUUCGCCCCAACAGCAUUGUUUUCCGCACACGAAGCGGUCCAGUGCUGCUUCACCGCUCCACAGUGAACAGAGGAAAAGACGACUUCCCUAGUCGCUGGCUGACCUUCUUCGGUGCCGUCAAGUCCAGUGGAGUUGUUUUCAUCAGAGACUCCUCUGCAGUCCAUCCGCUCGCCCUGCUGCUGCUCACAGACUGUGAUAUGAUAGAGACGGUGGACGGAGACAGAGUGACGGUCUCACUUUCCGGACACUCCCUGGUGCGCUGUGAGCUCUCAGUCGAGACGUGGGAGCUCCUGUGGGAGUUGCGCACUUCCAUUCAGACCAUGCUGCACCGAAACCUCAACAAUCCCAGCAAUGCGAAUACUUCUCAAGAUGGGAAGCUCGUGUCUUUACUCGUUAAGCUCCUCAACAAUGCGGAUCCGACCCCUUUGGCUCACGCCAGCGACAGCGAGGUGGACUGAUGACGACCAUGCUGUAUGUGUGAAUGUGGUGUAUCUGCUGGCUGGUGCAGAAGAACCAAACAGAAUGAGAUUUGUUUAUGAACUGGAUGGAUGGUGUGAGGGAAUCCAUUUGGAUUUUGGACGUUCUAGUCAAUAAUUACUUUCUGAAAGCAGAAACUGAAUGCUACUUCAAGGAGUAUGAAAAAGUAUGACUGGCCCAAGGUCGUUUAAAAAGGACUACAUGAAUAAUGUCAUAUUUAUUGUAAUAAACACUCACAUGCCAACACAAAGAAAACUAUUUGAUUGUUUUA